AUGAGCCAUUUGAAGAGUGCUAGUGAUUAUGAGCAGCAAGAAGAAGAGAGGCUUUUGAACAUUCUCAAAACAAGCGAUUCCCAUCUCCAACUAACAGCCUUUAAAAGAUUAGUGAAAAUUUAUAAAAGAAGGCCUGAAAGUGAGCACAUUUAUAGCUUUCUUGAAAACCACAAUUUUAACGACCAUGAAACUGUUAAUUUUCUGCUUGAGUGUCUUUUUGAGUUUUUUGGUUAUGGGGAAUCUUCAAACGAUGGCACGAAAGAGCGCUGCUCGACUAUUAUGAGAAUUGAAAAAAUAUACCAGAAUGAGAAAAUAAUGCAAAGCCUGGUAUCUUUGGCUAAAUGUGCACAUGCACAGACGAAUGCUUUGGUUGUUUUGGUUCAAAUUUUGCAAAUUAAGCCCUGCAGAGAGCAAUGGGUUGAUGAUAUUGUUGGUGUGUUCUACAGUACUAGGCGAAGAAGCAUAGAAAAUCUUACUGGGAAGAUUAUACUGCUGCUGAUAAGGUCCGAUCACAGAUUUAGCUAUUUAUCGUUCAGUCUAAUUCAGCACAAGCUUAGUAGCCAUGUUUUUGACGAAGAUUUCACCUCAGCAGAGAAUGUCGAUGGCUUAAUAUUCAGAGAAAUUAAAAGAUCAUGGGAGGAAGACCAAGAGUUUGGUGUGGUGCAGUAUAUGGAUCUUCUGAAGAAUAACGAUCUGUGCUUUUUGGUUAGAUUCGCUAAUCAAAAGUUUAUCAAGGAGCACACUAGUGAGAUCGAUGAGAGAAUAGAUGAUAUUUCGGAGUCAUAUUUAAAUGCAAUUCAAUCAUGUGAAGGCAAUAAAAUGGUAAUUCUAGAGCACAUGUCUCUCCUUCUGGACCAUUCGGAGUUGUUUGUGAUGCAGCUCACGAAAUCUAGGUUCUUAGAUGUUCUAUAUGGUCUCACAGACAGUGAAAAUAAAGAUUUAGCAUAUCUUUCAACCAAAAUUAUCAGUAAAAUACUAAUAACAUACCAUGAAAAAUAG